GGAGGAGGCCGGAGGAGGAGGAGGAGCGGCGGCGGAAGGCCGAGAGCGGAGUCCGGGCCGCGCCAGGCCGCGGCUGGGGGCCGGUCACGGUGGCGGAGCCGGAGGAGGCCGGGCCCCGCCCCGCCCCCAUCCCCCCACCGGCGGCGGCGGCGGCGGCGGCACAACCGCGGGGGGGCGGCGGUGGCCGGGGCGGCGCUUCCCCGUCUCCUUCCCCCUCCUUGGCGGCGGCCGCCCCUCCCUCCCCCUCGUCCCCAGCGGGGCCCAUGGAAGGCCUGCCCGUGGAGGUGCGGGGCUCCAACGGGGCCUUCUACAAGGGUUUUGUUAAAGAUGUCCACGAAGACUCGGUCACGAUAUCCUUCGAGAACAACUGGCAGCCCGAAAGGCAAAUCCCCUUCAGCGACGUGCGGCUGCCCCCACCCGCAGACUACAGCAAGGAGAUUUUGGAAGGGGAUGAGGUGGAGGUUUAUUCCCGAGCCAAUGAGCAUGAGCCAUGUGGCUGGUGGCUGGCCAGGGUUCGAAUGAUGAAAGGAGACUUCUACGUCAUAGAAUACGCCGCUUGCGAUGCCAUCUACAAUGAAAUCGUCACGUUGGAGCGGCUGCGGCCCGUCAACCCCAGCAAAGUGGCCACCAAGUGCAGCUUUUUCAAAGUCACCAUUGCGGUACCAGAGGAUCUCAAGGAGGCCUGCUCAAACGAAAACGUGCACAAAGAGUUCAAGAAAGCCGUGAGCGCGAACUGCAUCUUCCUCAGUUCCACCAGCAGUGAGCUCGUCAUCCUUUCCACAAACGAGUCCACUGUCAAGAGGGCAUCUCUGCUGGGCGACAUGCACUUGCGCAGCAUCCGGACUAAGCUGAUGCUCAUGUCCCGGAAUGAGGAGGCCAACAAACACUUGGAGACGAGUAAGCAGCUGGCGUCAGCAUUCCAGGAGGAGUUCACGGUGCGGGAGGACCUGAUGGGGCUGGCCAUCGGAACCCACGGGGCCAACAUCCAGCAGGCCCGGAAAGUGCUGGGCGUCACUGCCAUUGAGCUGGACGAGGAGACCUGCACCUUCCGCAUCUACGGGGAGACCCCGGAAGCCUGCAAGCAGGCCAGGAGCUUCCUCGAAUUCUCCGAAGACUCUGUUCAAGUCCCUCGGAACCUAGUCGGGAAAGUGAUAGGCAAGAACGGCAAAGUCAUCCAGGAGAUUGUGGACAAAUCCGGCGUGGUCCGAGUUCGGGUGGAAGGCGACAAUGACAAGAAGAAUCCCAGGGAGGAGUCCUUGCUGGCUGGUCCAAUUUGUUCCCUGGCUAAAGCUGUCCAAGACACAGACAUUGGACAAGAACCAAAUGGGAUGGUCCCUUUCAUCUUUGUGGGAACGCGGGAGAACAUCAGCAAUGCACAGGCGCUUCUGGAGUACCAUCUCUCCUACCUUCAGGAGGUGGAGCAGCUGCGCCUGGAGCGGUUGCAGAUCGAUGAGCAGCUGCGCCAGAUCGGCCUGGGCUUCCGCCCCCUCUCCAACCGGUCGGAUAAGGAGCGGGGUGGCUACACCACAGAUGAGAGCACCUCCUCCCUGCACGGCACGCGGACCUACGGGGGCAGCUACGGUGGGCGCGGCGGCCGUGGGCGCAGGGGACCCAACUCCGGUUAUGCUACCAACUCAGAUGUGUCCAACGCUUCGGAAACAGAGUCGGAAAAGAGAGAGGACUACGAGUGCCCGCAGCUCAGCGACCGUGACCCCCGCCCGGAGGACAGCCGCAGACGGCCAGGGGCGGGGCGGGGGCGGGGCCCUGCUCCGGCGCCUCGCGGAAGUAGCAGCAGUGGAGGCAGCAGCAAGUACAACAGCUCCUCCAUCAGUUCAGUAUUGAAAGACCCCGACAGCAACCCUUACAGCCUGCUGGACAACACCGAAACCGACCAGACUGCGGACACGGACGCCAGCGAGUCGCAGCCUAUCAGCAACCGCCGGCGCCGCUCCCGCCGGCGCCGCACUGACGAAGACGCCACCAUGAUGGACGGAGCCCUGGAGUCGGACAACAUGUCUGUCAACGAGAACGGCCUGGAGGAGGAGUCUAAACCGCAGAGACGGAACCGAAGCAGGCGCCGACGCAACCGCGGCAACCGUGUGGACGGCUCCAUCAGCCGUGACCGCCAGCAAGUCACCGUAGCCGAUUACAUUUCCCGGCCAGAGUCUCAGAGCCGUCAGCACCCACCGCGCAAAGACAGCCGAGAGAAGUCGUCGGAGGAGACCGCACCCAAGCAGAAGGUUGAGACCACCAGCAAGGUUGUCAACGGCCCUACAGAGAACGGGGAGCAUGCCGCCGCCAGCGAGGAGGUGGCUGCCCUGGUGAACGGCGUGUCCUAAGCUCGCAUGCGUGCGGGGCCCCUGCCCCAAGUCGCAGCCGGCCGAACCCUCCUCUGAAACGAAAAACGACCCCUACUUUCCACCUGCUUGCAACAUCUUAAAAGAGAAAACGAAAUAAACACCACACCAGUCUCUUGUUUAAGAACAAAACCAUUAUUAAAAAAA